UGGUGCUGCCUGGCGCGGGCGCAGACGCGGGCGCGGGGCAUGCCGGGACGUCAGUGCGGCGAGAGGAGCGGGCGGCGAGGCGGGCGGGAGGUGGCAGAAUGGUGAAACUGACGGCGGAGCUGAUAGAGCAGGCGGCGCAGUACACCAACGCCGUGCGGGACCGCGAGCUGGACCUGCGGGGGUAUAAAAUUCCUGUCAUUGAAAAUCUAGGCGCUACCUUAGACCAGUUUGAUGCCAUUGAUUUUUCUGACAAUGAAAUCAGGAAACUGGAUGGUUUUCCUUUGUUGAGAAGACUGAAAACAUUAUUAGUGAACAACAACAGAAUAUGCCGUAUAGGUGAGGGACUUGAUCAGGCUCUGCCCUGUCUGACAGAACUCAUUCUCACCAACAACAGUCUUGUGGAAUUGGGUGAUCUGGACCCUUUGGCAUCUCUCAAAUCAUUGACUUAUUUAAGUAUUCUAAGGAAUCCUGUAACAAAUAAGAAGCAUUACAGACUAUAUGUGAUUUAUAAAGUUCCACAAGUCAGAGUACUGGAUUUCCAGAAGGUGAAACUAAAAGAGCGUCAGGAAGCAGAGAAAAUGUUCAAGGGCAAACGGGGUGCACAACUUGCAAAGGAUAUUGCCAGGAGAAGCAAAACUUUCAAUCCAGGUGCUGGUUUGCCAACUGACAAAAAGAAAGGUGGGCCAUCUCCAGGGGAUGUGGAAGCAAUCAAGAAUGCUAUAGCAAACGCAUCAACUUUGGCUGAAGUGGAGCGGCUGAAGGGCUUGCUUCAGUCCGGUCAGAUACCUGGCAGAGAACGCAGAUCAGGCCCCACUGAUGAUGGUGAAGAGGAGAUGGAAGAAGACACAGUCACAAAUGGGUCCUGAGCAGGGUGGCCUCUAAGGAUCUCAGGACGUACAAGAGUCCACUUCAGACAGGUCCUGCUUUUUGAAUAGCUUUGUUUGUGUCAGCAAGGUAGAGUUCAUAAGCAUUGUUGAAAUGCUUAAGACUGCUGGUAAUUUUGUAAUAAAAAUUUUGAAAUCUAAAUGCCAGUUUUCUAUCAAUAGUGCAAAUAAAGGACAUGCUGUGCUGCGGAUUGCACAUCAUUGGGGUGUAUGUGUGGUGAGGCCUGGACGUGUGGGAGUUGGAAAUGCAGGAGGGCGGAUCUUGUGGGUAGGCUUCCCAGUCCUCAUGAAAUGUUUAGGUUUUUAAAUUCAUAAUAAAACUUAACAAUUAUCUGUGUGCUGCCA